AUGUUUCGCCCGUGGCCUACUCAGCCCCAACCAGACUUCAACUGGUUUCGAUUCAAUAACGCAACUGGCACCAGACCUGGCGUCAACUUCAACAACUUCGGGCCCAACCCGCGCGGCCCUUCCACUCCAGCCUUUGCGAAUCCAGGACCCCGCCUCUUCGACUUUUCGCAACUCUUCAACAUCACUAACAACAACUUCGGCCCCACGCCCCUGCAUCCCAACCAGCCAGGCCGGAUCCGCAACCGAGUCACAGUCCUCCUCCCUGAUGGCACGCGGGUUCUGCUCGAGCGCGAUCUACUCCACGAACACCUCCCCCGAACCCGAAACUUCAUGCAGCAGGGCCUCUUCCCCGUCCCUGAGUUCCUCCGAGGCUACGAAGACGGCUUCAUGGGAACCCUGAUGGAUCCCCAAAACUUUGACCAGGCCUUCGCCCGCGGCGCGACGUUCAUCUUCAGACACCUCGAGGCGCUAAGCCAGGCAUACGCGCCGCCGUACGGGGCCAUGGGUGCGGGUAUGGGCGUGGGCACUGGCAGUCGCGGCGGCGCCGCCUUUGACUUGUUCGCCCGGCCGCGCUACCUCCUCGCAAAUGCCCGCGAUCGAUUCGUGACGGUACGGGAGAUAUUCUGGCACAUCUUCAUUCUCUGUUGCGUGCUGGACCAGGACCGGGCCUUUGGCUGCUCCGAUUUGCUGGCAAGACCGAUUGCAGAGUUCCUCCUCGACUUUUUGCCGAGCGUGGAGGCAUUUCUGCCUCCCACGGCGAUGCAGAUUCUGUUUGUGGGAUAUGCUCGCAUCUUUCGCGAAUCGAUAUUUGAAAUGGAGUUGUUAAGGCAGCUGUGGGAGUCGAUGGAUGUCAUUGGCCAGACACACAUUAGGGGAAUGAUGGGACCGCAGUUGGCGGCGAAUGGGAUGGGAAAUAAUGUGCACAGAGUUUGGACUGCUCUCAGACAUCUUGGUCUGGUCUGA